AUGCCAGAGAGUUCUUACCGCCCACCAGCCAUUCAGGGUCCUUCCGGCGGGCAUUCCAGUUAUCAGGGUUCUUCCAGUGCUCACUCCAGUUCCACGCCAGAGAGUUCGUAUCACCCACCGUCCAUCCAGGGGUCUUCUAGUGGGUAUCCAGGUCAGCAGGCUCAGACUUCAGGGUAUCAGGCUCCGGUGCCGAGAGGAUGUUACGAGUGUGGAGAUCCGGGUCAUAUUAAGAGGACUUGUCCCAGACUUCGGGGCAAGGCGGUGCAGCAGGGUCAGCAGUCUAUGGAUCCAGCACCAGCUGCCCAGCCAUCUAGGGGUGGAAGGCAGACUGGUAGAGGCCGUCCCAGGGGUGGAGGCCAGACGGGGAGAGGUCAGCCAGCUACUACUCAGACAGGUGGGGGCCAGACAGCCGAUCGGAUCUACCGGUCUUGUGUGGGUUACUUUCUGCGGUUACGAGACUAG